UUAACGACCGUUUCUUACUGUAGGCUGCUCAUAAAUCACUAGUUCAGCCUCGUAAUGUUGGAUAUCCUUGCGCACUUUUACCCAUUUCAAUUGUAACUUGAUGGAAAUGGAGAAGCACUGAUUGCAGGCGUCCAUUGAAGGACAGCGGCGCAGGACCACCUUAAAACAAAAGCGCCUUUGGAGGACAUCAAAGCCAUUUAAAGCUCUUUCUUCACAUCCAACGAGUGUGGAUCGCUGGAGCACAUGCAGACAGUACUGACCGCUCUAUGUACUUCUCACGUUGCUUAGAUUCGAGGCUUCGGUGGACAAUUUCGAUCAAAACAACGAAAAAGAGAGGACAUCGUCCAUUAAUUAAAACACGAGUCUAUAUGCAUUAAGGACGUCAGUACAAUUUAUUUCCAUCAGGAGUUUUGGAGCCAUUUGUUUUCUGUAUCAACAAUAAUUUCUUGAGCUCAUUGGAGUUUUUUCUUCUUCUGGAAAUAUGGUUUAGCCUGUUAACGGUGACAGAUCGACAUCUACACGAACACUAUGGCUGCAGUGAUGAAUUAUUCUCCACCGUGGUGGGUUAACCUUUUCCAUCGCCUUCCCCACUUCAACCUACAGUUUCAGCUGACCAGCAGCGAUUUCCGUCCGGAGGAAUCCGAGUAUCAAAAGUCUGUGUUGUUGCUAGGUGCAGUGGCGUUGGUGUGUUUGGCAUUGGACCUCCUCUUCCUCCUCUUCUACUCCUUCUGGCUGUGCUGCCGUCGCAGGAAGAGCCAGGACUCGCCCAAUGCGGACUGCUGCUGCACCGCUUGGUGUGUGAUCAUUGCCACGCUCGUGUGCAGUGCUGGCAUUGCAGUCGGUUUCUAUGGAAAUGGCGAAACAUGCGAUGGUGCGACACGACUGACAUAUUCCUUGCGCCAUGCUAACCAAACAGUGGCAGGCAUCGACAAACUGGUAUCAGAGAGCACCAGCAGUCUGAAUGAAACCCUGCAGGAAGGUUUGGUGCAACUGGAGACUGUGUACUCCAAACAGACAGACUACGUGUCCAUCGUCCAGAAACUACAGGGACAGCUGGACGAACUGAUCAAUCUGAUGGUGGAGGUGCCUUUCUGGAGCAGUACAGAUCUGUCACUGGAUCACCUGGCAUCUAUCACUGAGCAGUAUGACUGGUACAGGUGGCUGGGAUAUCUGGGCCUGCUGCUCUUCGAUGUGGUAAUAUGCUUGCUCGUUUUGGCUGGUCUCAUACGCAACUCUAGAAGCAUCUUAAUCAGUGUUUGUUUGCUGGGUGUGCUGUCGUUGGUUAUUAGCUGGGCUUCACUUGGAUUGGAGUUCUUUGUUGCUGUGACUGCCAGUGAUUUCUGUGUUGCCCCUGACUCCUACAUCACCAAAGUGACACGUGAGAAUGCUGUUAUCAACCAAGAUAUCCUGCAGUAUUACCUGAAGUGCAGCAUGGGACAGACCAACCCAUUUCAGCAGAAACUCUCUGGCAGCCACAAAGCUCUUGUGGAGAUGCAGGAUGAUGUUUCUGAGCUCCUUCGUUCAGCUAUCAGAGAAUUCCCUAAGACGAAGAGUAAUCUUGAGGAAAUGCAGGCGGUGUUAAACUCCACUGAGGUCAACCUCCAUCAUCUCACUGCCCUGGUCGAUUGUCGGAGCCUACACAUGGACUAUGUGCAGGCUCUGACAGGACUGUGUUAUGAUGGAGUCGAGGGACUCAUUUAUCUGGUCCUCUUCUCGUUCGUCACCGCACUGAUGUUUAGCUCCAUCGUUUGCAGUGUGCCUCACACCUGGCAGAGCAAGAGGUCGGAGGAGGAAGAUGGCGAUGAGACUUCGGCCACGCUCGGCCUGCGAGCGCCGCACGAUAACCUGUACCGCGUGCAUAUGCCUAGCCUGUACAGCUGUGGCAGCAGCACCUACGGCAGUGAGGCUAGCCUCCCCGCUGCGGCACACACUGUCAGCAACGCACCAGUCACUGAGUACAUGAGCCAGAAUGCUAACUUUCAGACCCCUCGAUGCGAGAACACGCCACUCAUUGGCAGAGAAUCCCCCCCGCCGUCAUACACCUCCAGCAUGAGGGCCAAAUAUCUGGCAACCAGUCGCCCAGACCAGCCCAGGCCAACAGAAUCCCAGAAUGGUCUGGACCCCAACAUGCGACUAGACCUAACCAGCCGAUCAGCUCCCAAUAGCCGACCAAAUUCUGCUAUCCACCGACCUCACUCUGCUAUACAUUAACCAUCUUCAAAUAUGGAAACCAAUAGUCAUCUACCUGUUUUCAACCAUUUAAGUCUCAAUCACUGCAACAGUCAGCGCUUAUGAAAUGAAUGAAUUAUGUCAUUAAAGAAAUUCCCCAAUGUAUGUUCAGCUUAAAGGGAUAGUUCACCCAAAAAUAUUUGGGUGAACUAUACCUUUAACAUGUAACGGAUUGGAAUCAGCCGUCCAAUCCUCUGUGAUCUGGUUUAAGCAUCACUGCAUACUUGAUCUAGCCCUGCUUUGGCUUUUUAAAGACUCCAUUCUGCCAAACCUCUAAUCAAACUGCCAUUUUUACCCCCCUAGUUUCAUACAGUGCAUCACAGCAACUACACUGCCCUCUUCUGGAGGACUCCUCUCAGUUGUCUGCACAGUAACAGAAAAUCUAAAGCACUCCCAUACUGUACUACAGAGAGUCUCUCAGGGCAGCCAUAUUGGCAAGGACUGCAGGACCACAUUAACACAGCAGGAUAAUGGGUUAUACCACUGCCAUUUUACCAUGCAAUAAAUGUCAUUAUGACAUUUGAUUUUAUGAUGGAUUUAUAUUUUUAAAUGUUUUUCAAAAUACACUGUUGAUUAUGUAGUUAAAAAAGGCUUUAAAGAUGCAGCUUUUGUGCUUUAUCUGCAGUUCCUGGCAAUAUGGCAGCAUUAUGGACAGUCACAAUUCUAUGUAUCCAUCACUGCUAUUUGAUGUUAAAGGAGAUAUUAACUAGUUUACAAAUUUUCAUGAAUUAGGUGCACAGAGUGAUUUUUUUUUUUUUUUUUUGCAAUUGUUAAAUUUUUAAACUGAAAGAAAUGAAAAGCAUUAGAUGAAGACUCUAGUCAUAUCAGUCUCUGUUUGAUACUACAAAUGGUGCUGAGUGACAUUCAUGAGAGCCACCAUGUUGAGAUCAAAUUACUAACCUUAUAUUUCUCGCUUUAACUCGAUAGUCCCCUGUAAUUGGACGCUUUUACGUGUGGAAUUAAUAAAUCAUUGCCGACUGCGAAUAGCCUACUUCAAUAAUCGCAUCAGUUAAUGAGAUCUUUUCAGUCUGAUCUCAUGAAAAGUAUGUGACUGUGGCAAUAUUUUUGCAUAAUGAUAUUACAUGGUUCGUUACAUGUAUCGCAGCAUUUUCUAGAUGAAACGUCCACUGAGUGGCGCUAAAAGUGAGUAAAAUGUUCUCCCAAACAGAAGAUGUUUUUAAGGUUAAUGCUCUAUCGAGUUUUAAAUUAACAAAAUCGACCUCCCUACCUUAAACCUAAACCUAACCAGUAGUGUUGUAAAAGAAACUUACUUGUUCAUCAGUACAUGUAUCCUGCACUUUUGCAAUGCAAAUGCAACACCCUAUCAUUUGAGCUACCGUUCAAUUUGAUUGCGCUCAAACAAGCUUGUAAAUGUACUUGGCUAUGUAACGCAAACGUUAAAAUGUAUCGCCUUACAUGUUAUGCGUUGUGUUUUGUGCUAAGUGAUUUGAUGUCAUAAGAUAGCAUUGUGUGCGGAACAGUGAAAAGUAAAUGUUUAUGAAAUUAUUUGUAUAAAUGGGAAUAAGUCAUUGUGCUUGUAGCGCCUCUUGUGUUCAUUUCACCAGGAAACUGCCACGGUACAUACAAUGAGCCAAGUAAAAAUAAUUUUGCGAAAAUGUUGGUAUAGUAAUGUGUGACCAGAUUGGAACUUUUACUCUUGCGUAAUGCUGAAUCUAAGUCACUAGGUGUCAACUUAAACAAAAACAAAAAUCACUGAGUGCAUCUUUAACUAAAUCGCACACUUGUAAUUUUGUGGAUUAACAGAUUUACCUGUCACAUAAGGCCAUUUUUUGUAUUGUACAGUGUAAUCUAUGGUGUACCACAGUGUGAAUUGACAGCCAUCAAGCCUUUGAGCGCUUAUGCACAUUCUGUAUCUUACUCUUGAAGGGAAACAAUCGCACAACGCACUACCAGUGUGUGUUUGUGUAUAUGUUGUGCUUGACUUGUGCUUUAGUGAGUUUGUUUUAAAAUGGCACAACUCACAAGCUCUGCUCUUUGUAAAUAGUCAGUGUUUUUGUACUACAAAAUGUCUAAAUGAUCAACUCUGCAAACUCAGUUGACUAACUAAUACGUCUGUGUAACAGUGCAUUGCGACUUUUGCCGUGGCUUAGAGCAGCUGUGAAGAAUACCUGUAUGAAACCUGAAAAAAAUGGUUAAUGAACUCUGUUAUAAAAUAAUAGUACAUGUUUUGUAGACGUAUCACUUGAAUUGUGAAUAUCACUCGUGGGUGCUUGUGUGUACGUGCACACUUUAAAUGUGAAUAUUUCUAAUGGAGGAAAAUUCGCUCAGAGGAUAAGAAGAUUAAUGGAUACUUGGACAAAAAGAGAAAUGCCUCCCCACAUGUAAAUCUUUUUUCUGUGCUAUUCAGGCAUGUUGUUCAGUCUUCUUUACCGGGUAAAUUUUUUUAUUUUAUUUUUAAGGCAUAUACUUUUUUGAUUAAUUCAGAAUCUGACUUGAUUUUCACCACAGUCAGCCUUUUUCUCAUUUCUAUUUCUACUUUUAUGGGGAAACACUUCUCAGUGGAGUUUAUGGAUCUCCAAUAUGGACAAAGACAUGUCACCAAGAUCUGGACAUUGGACGUCUCGCACUAACAGGACUUUUGCAGCUUGCUUCCGAGACGCUCUUUCCCAUAAGAAAAAGUACAAAAGGGGAGACAAAAUGGAAGAAAAAUUGAAUUUGAAGGAAGUUCCUCCUUGUCAUGCGGUCACUCAAUAAGACUUGUAUGGAUGUAGUGUAAGAUAACCUAGCUGUCUUUAACAAGUGCAGUAUUGUUGGUUUUAUUUACUUGCAUCCAGUGUCAUAAGGCUGUUAGACGUUAUCAUAACACCUGUCAUAAGCAGCAAAAACAACUGAUGUUAGCAUACAAAAGAUGUGAUAUCUAAUGCCAUUAUCAAAACAUCCCACACUUUGAUUCAUAAACGUAGGAAUUUAUAGAUUAAUUUGUAUUAAUCAGUAUUAUGAAUAUCAUCAUAAAUUGCAGUAGCAGGUAGAAAUGUCAUUUUAAACUGGAAAAUCAUGUAAGAUCUUUUGUGAAAUCUUUUAUGACUUUGUGACACCCUCAGCUGACUGAGGUUGUGUGUUGUUUGAAUCUUUUUGUGUAACAAAUGUGGAUGAUGUGUUUGGAUGCCAACAGGAAAGGGCUUGUAUUCCUAACCCUUAAAACUUACAUGCACAGACAGGGCCGUAGCAAGGUAAUCUGGGCCCCCUGACUGUGUAUUGCUCUGAGCCCCUUUCCUAUUAAAAAAUACAGUUUAGAAUUUUUCUGUGGGGUCCCCUGAACCUUUGGGCCCCAAGAGUCAUUACCACCUUUCACCCCACUAGCUACGGCCCUGCACACACAUGCUUUGACCAUGUAGUGUAAGAAAACCACCUAAAUUACAAUCCUAGUUAAUACUCAUGCACAAAAGCAACACCACGAGUUUCACACAAACACAAAAAACACAGAAAAAGAUCUGUUUCACACACUCAAAAGGAAAAUACUUAAAGGGAUAGUUUACCAAUAAAUAUUUUUUUCUCCAAACCCGUAUGGCUUUCUUUCUGCUGUGGAACACAAAAGAUGUUAGGCAGAAUAUUACCAUUCACUUUCAUUGCAUCCUUUUUCCACAGAAAGUGAAUAAAUUAUGACAAAAUCUUCCUUUUGUGUGAACCAUCCCUUUAAGUGAGUAAAAAAAAAAAUGCACCUUUCCACUCUAAAUACACAGUGUAAAACUGCACUAAAAUGUGUACGUCUUUUACAGUAUUUACAUGUUAAAAACCACUAACCAUCAUAUAGAGUCAAUACAAAUGUUUGGGUCUGUAAUACAGUUGCAUGACUGAAGGGACUAUGAGGACAAAUUAUUUUCCGCCUUUAACAUUUUCAUACAGUAACCUUUCUUUCUGUAAAUGUAGGCCUACACAAUUUUAUUUUCUAGCUAAUCUUGUUAGCUUUCUAUUGUAUAGACCAUAACAAAUGAGCCUACUCACUAAAUGUGAAUAAGAACGAUUUGUCAUAAAUUGAUGUUUUGAUAACAAUUCUAAUGAUUUUUAUUAUUAUUAUUAUUAUUAUUAUUUUUUAUGUUUUUUUCUUCUCAUUUGUGAUUAAGAUGUUGUACAUGUCAGAAAACUGAUUUUCUGAGCCUGGAUUCAAUGUUUUAAUAAUAUAUUAAAAUGAAUUCAUCUGCUGUA